AUGACGCGUGGUGUUCUAAUUGCCAUAGAAGGGUUGGAUCGUACCGGCAAGACCACGCAAACGUCGCGUCUGCUAGAGAGACUUGACAAGCAUGGUGUGGACGCAACGCUUAUCAAAUUUCCUGAACGGACCACCCCAAUUGGGAAGAUAAUUAACUCAUAUCUUACAGACAAAGCGUUCGAGCUCAGCGACCAGUCUGCGCAUCUCUUGUUCAGCGCCAAUAGAUGGGAGCUCGCCGAGAAAAUUAGAAACCUUCUGCAGAGCGGAAGAACAGUGGUAUUGGAUAGAUACGUCUACUCGGGAGUGGCAUAUUCUUCUGCCAAAGGACUCCCGUUUGACUGGUGUUUAAGUCCAGACAUUGGGCUUCCCAAACCAGAUAUUGUGCUUUUUAUGAAAUUCGAGCACGAAGAGAAUGUCACUAGAGAAGGUUUUGGAGAGGAACGUUAUGAGGUGGCAGAGUUCCAGCAGAAAGUAAGGACCCAGUUUGAGAAAUUCCAGAACGAGGAUAAUUGGAAGACGAUUUACGUGGACAACAAGAGCAUAGAAGAGGUGGGGGAGAUUAUAUGGGCGGAAUACGAAGCGAUAGCCAGCAGAGAGCGCAAAGCAUUGCAGAAGUUCACCAAGCUAGAAUAA